GCUGAGAGCCAGGGAAAAGGAAAAAGCCUGAACGAUUUGAAGUUGAGAGUUGAAGGACUCGCCAGUGAAGCGGAGUCUCUGAAGCAAAUGGACACAAACCUGACCAGUCAAUUUAUUGCGUUAUUGAGAGAUGAACAGGAAGAAGAGAAGACCGACGAGGCAAGAGACAACAAAAUAAAAAGCCUAGAGGAGAAGAUUCAGGAACUCACCACAAAUCUGACCCAGAAAGUCGGCCCAAUAAAUGUAUCGAAUUUGUUGUCCCAAAUUGCAGGUGUGCACAGUGAGAUCUCAGCCUAUCCGGACAUUGUGGUCCAGGCCGCAUGUGCAGCAAGCUAUCGAGGUGGAUUUGUUUCGGCCGUCAGAAGAACGUGUUCGAAUGGAGCUUCCUCCUGUGACGUGGUCUGUAGAGAGGCCACCUCACAGAUGAAAGCAAAGAUGGGAAAUCAGGGAGGAAAACAAGCACAGUGUGUUCAGACCUUUCAUUUCUAUGGAUUGAAUGGAAACCUUGUACCUGGUGUACCCGGGAAGGUCAACAGGAUAAUGUACCGCUACGACUCCAGUGCCUGCUCGAAACAGUUCUGUGGUCCGAAUUUUUGCUGCUGUACUCUGUGA